UCAACCAUUAGCAACGAAAACAAGCAAGAUGGCGGAUUCGGAGAGUAUGAGUUUGGACACAAGUAACGAAGCUGGGGACGACCCCCUGGUUGAUCUAAACGAUGAACAGCUUGACAAACUGAUACAACAGAAAAUGAUUGAAAACCAAGUGUUACAAAAUGAGACACAAAUGUUUGAAAAGUAUCUGAAGAAGAGUGAGCCAAAGGAUUCAGGAGGAGCACUGGGUGGGAUAGGAGCAGGGUUAACAGUAUCGUCAUCUAAUCAAGAUCUAUCAAGAGGAAUGAACAGAAAGAGGUCUAAGUCACGUGGUGCUAAUUUGGACAAAUCUCUCCGAUUGACAACAGAGCAAAAAUGUGAUAUUGCCCAGAAAGAAUUAGAUGAUCUUAAAGAAGAUAUAGAAAAAUACAGAGACAACUGUGAAAGAGUUAUUGAUAAUUUUAGAGCUAUAAUGGAAGAAUGUGAAUUGACACUAAGUGAAACCAAGAAAGAAAGUUACGAAUUUGAAAGAGACAUUCUGAAAGGAGCAGUUAAUCAGAGAACAGGCAAAGUUAUUGCUGAAAAAGUUUCCAGACAUUUUGAAAACAAAAUCCUUUCCAGGGACACGUUAGUGGAAAAAUUAAGACUAAAGAAUUCACAGUUAAAAGUACAGAAAAUGAAACUAGAUCUUCAGUUCAAACAGAAAGAAGAAAUGGGAGAGGCAUUACAUGAAGUUGACUUCCAGCAAUUAAAGAUUGAAAACGAACAGUAUUUAGAAAAAAUUGAUGAGAAAAAUACAGAACUCAUGGAUCUUAAACUGAAAGCCAGUAAAUCAUUACAAGUAUUAAACUCAUAUAAAAAAAAACUUCAUACACUGACAAUGGAAUCAGAAAGAUUGAAAUCAGAAAUAUCAUCACGGAAUGAACUAUUGACAAAGAUAGAUGCUGAAACUACAGUGGUAGAAGAUGAACGAGCCAAAGCUGAGAAAAUAAAUCGUAAACUUCGACAACAAUUGACAGAUUUCCGAGUGCCUGAUGUGAUGGAUUAUGUCACAGAAAAAGCUGAUUUAUAUGAAAUCCAGAGAAAAGUUAAAAAUUGGGAAAGAAAAGUAGAAAUUGCUGAGAUGGCACUUAAAACACAUAAAAAGAUGUGGACCAAAAUGCAGAUUGGGAGUGAGAUGGCCAAUCAACAAUGGAGAAUGAUGGAACAGGUCAUGUGAUGACAAUGGAGAACCAAGUCAUGUGAUAACAAUGUAGAACCAAGUCAUGUGAUAACAAUGAAAACAGUUUAUUUACAAGUGUUGAUCGAUGAGACCUGUAAUUUUCAAUGGACAAAGAGAAAUGUAUGAAUGAAAAUAUAAACUGUUUGAAAUAAAAAAAACCUGAGUUAAAGAUAUGAUGAAUAGCUCAUAUUUUCCUGAGAUUGUAAUUACAGUUCUGAACCAUUUUUUGAUAAGUGCCUAUAAGGGUACCUGUUCUAUACAGGAAGCUACAGAAGUGCUUUUUCACUAUUUCGGUUUUCAAAAAUAUAUGCAUAAUGUCCUCUUUUCAAACAUACGACUACUAAAGUAAGAUUAAGUAAGGAAAAUGUGUCAAUGUGACUUCCUUCAACAAUUUCUGAAAAAAUAAUAUAAACUGGAUUUGAAAACGAGGAUAUCUGUUCAAAUGCUCAUGAGAUGCUAAAUUAAAUGCUAAUGACAUAAAAUUAAAAAAAGUAAAAAUAUCCCUAAAUAAAAAGUGUAACAUAUGUGGUAUAUCUUUAUAUGACAGAGAAUUUUGUGAUCAGGGGUCUUAAUGAAUCAUAUUACAUUUUCCCAUACAGAUAAAGAUUAGAUAAUGUUGGAGUUUUUUUACAGACACUCACCCACCAAUAUGAUUAGGGUAAUCUGUAGACAUUUUACCUUUGUUUUAAAUUUAUAAUGAAUCAUUAUUAUUGACUGUGAUAAAAAUAAUAUAUAGGUACAAGUAAAAAUAGGAUUUCGUAAGAACAAAUUUAUAAACUUUGUCCGUAACCGUGAAAAUGAAUCUUGAUAGUACUUUGUAAGUCCAUUGACAGCUACAAAAUUGAUAUAUUAACAGGAAAAUUUAACUGAAAAAAAAAUAUUUCUCUCUUCAGUGGAGCAAAAGAACACACGAUUGAGAACUUCAGCAGGUAGAAAUCUUUUUUCUUGAAUUUUGAGUUUUGAAAUAUUUAUUAUUUUGAACUUUAAAAACAGUUAUCUUCCUUAUUACUUAUAAAUAUUUAAUUCUGAGAGAAAUUGAUUAUGUAUUUAGAUAUUUCUCUACCAGUUGUAAGUAAUAAACAGUAAAAUUAUAUUGUCUUUUGAUCUUAUAAUGUUUUAUCAUUUAAUUUAUGUGAAAGUGUUUAGACAAAAAAACAUUCCUGUAUUCUGAUAUUUUAUGAUUGAAUAUUUUUAUGCCUGUUGUCUGUGAUAGCAUUCUGUACAUAUACAUUUGUUAUGUAAAUAAAAUAUGUAAUAUCUA